UAUGCGGGAGCUAGACAGCCCGCGGUGCCGCUUUGUGGACGACUCUCUCCAUGUUUAUUGCGGAGUCGAGACAUCUAUCUUGUCUGUAUAUCCAUAUGCUUUGAUAAUUUGCCUAUAUUCUCGCGAUGAUUACAAAAUAAGCCGUUUCAGUCGCCACAGACAGACAAAAUAGCGCGCGGGCGGCGUCGGGGAUAAAUAGUUUCAGCUGUCAAGUCGAGCGUAUGUUAACAAGGCAACCGGGAGUUUGGAGUGCAGGCAGAGUUGCAGCUUUAUCGAGUUUUGCUUUUUGCAUUAUAAAAUAAACGUUUACAAAAUAGAGGUGCAGCGCGUACCAGCUAGUUGUGAACAUUGACAACCACUCCAGUGACCUAGCGCAUGUGGAAUGGCAGCUCCCCGGCAGAUAAAAGGUAUUCUGAAGAACAAGAACAGCGGGACAGGCAAGGUGGGCCCGGCCGAAGAAGUGCCAGUAGAGACUCCCGAACAAGCGGCACUUGGAUUUCUGGAGGAUGACCCACAGAAGAAGUCACAGAAAUGGGACGAGAUGAACAUCCUGGCAACGUACCACCCGGCAGACAAGGACUACGGGAUGAUGAAGAUAGAUGAGCCGAGCACGCCCUACAACAGGAUGGUGGGGGACGAGGAGGACGAAGGGGCGCACAGCGACUCCGAGGGCAAUGCGCCCAACGUGAACAACCUGGCCUCGAAGUUGGCAGCGGCAGAGGGAAAGGAACCGCGCUUCAUGAGAGAAGAGGAGGAAAGCAGUGAGGAAGAGGAGGAUGAACUAACCCCAGAGGAUCAAGCGAAAAAGAAGCAGUUCCAAAGGAUGAGGAAGAUCCAUUACAACGAGGGCCUCAACAUCAUGAUGGCCAGGCAACUCAUAGCCAACGAGUUGGCGGAAGAUGAGGAUGAAGAGAUGAGGGAUGAAACUGAGGACAUCAACGUAGACCCUACGCAAGACGCUCUGGAUUCCUAGAGGAGGAGGAGGACGCACCACCUCUCCUGUCUCCAGCCUGUGUAUUGGCUAAUGAAACAUUUAAGAGACACUUAGCUACGUGUGCCGGGCAAUAGAGCACACGGACACCGCUUCACAAUCUUCCGUCAAACAACCCCUGUUCAUGUGCGUGUGUAUAUUUCCCAGAAACACUGUAAUGCAAAGCAUUUCGACCCUGCUGGUCCCUUCUCUUCGUUGCCAAGAGUCCCUCUCAAAAAGUUGUCAUCGCCUCAAAGGAACCACACCUAAAGGAACUGAGACCUAAAGACUGUUAUAAAAGACUUAUUAUCAGCGAGGACUCCUGCCUCAAUCCUUGCUCGCUCGCUCGCUGCCGUCUGUCCAUCUAUCCCUGCUUCUCCUGAGCCCCUGGCGAAUGCUGCCGGAAAGAACAGCAGCACCCAUUGGAUUUCUCAUUGGAUGAAAGUGGUGGAUAAUUAUGCUGGUGGUGGUAAGGAGGUAGGAGGAUGUUGGUCUCUUGCUUUUUGUCUUGUUCCUCCUGUCCCCAUACUUUUUUUUUUUUUUUUUUACCAAAUACCGCCAGAACCUUAAUUG